AGAAUUUGUAUUCAUGGAAUGGCUGUAGAUAUUUUUAGUAAUAUUUAUUUCCUUACUACUAUACAUCUUAUACUAGUUAUGGAAGAAAUGUUAUGGGCAGGAAAAUCAUUACCAUAAUGAGUUUAAUUAAAUCUUAGAUAACAGGGAUUUAGGAACCUCUAAUUAAGAGGGUAUUGAGAUUGGAUAGAUGAGCAAUCAAAGAUCUAAUUUUUAAAACCAAGGCUUUGUUAAAGAAGAAAGUCAAUUUAAUAGCCAAAGUCAGAUUAGUAAUAGGAAUUCUAAUCUACAAAAAUCCCCCUUUAAUUCCAAAAUUCAUCCAACAUAAAAUGUCACAACUUAUGCUCAUUUUAAAGCUGAUGAGAAGAGAACUCUGAAAGUUUAAAAAAUUGUUAAUUUUAUAUACGCUUAAAGCUAGGGAAAAAGAUAGGUAGAAGAAAAGUAUUAAUAUUUUUUGGGUGAGUAUCAUUAACAAUAAGAAUUAUGGAAAGAGUAUUAUAUAAUAAAACUUGUUUAAAAAUAAAAAAUGAAAGAAUUAUGUUCUGCUUAUCGAACUGUAAGAGGAGAUGGAAAUUGCUUUUACACUGCAUUUGGGUUUCAAUUUUUAGAUAUUCUUUUAUUUAAAUAUACAAAUGAUUAAUUCUAUCAGUUUCUUAAUUCAAAUCAAGUCAAUUUUUAGAUUAUUUUAAAUAAUAAAGAUGUUAUAGAUGAGAGUGAUAAAUAGGAAUUGAGAGAUGAAUUUUUCUAUAGACUGGAGAGGCUUAAAUUGAUAGAAGAUAUAGAAUUAAGAAAAUAAACUUUAUUUGAAGAAUUCAAAGCAUAUUAGAAAGAAAAUGAGAAAAUUGAUGGAUGCUUUUAUGGAUUAUCUACUAUUUUUUUUAGGAACUUAGCAUUAAAGGCUGUGGAUUUGGAUGGAAAUUUAAAUGGUACUUUAAAUAAGUAAAAUUUGUUGCUAUGGGAAACUGAAUGCAAUGAAAAUGAAUUGGUGAUCUCCUCUUUAGCAAAAUAUUUAAAACUGUAAUUUUAAUUAAAAUUUUUUUAGAUACAUUUAACUAAUAUUUUUCUAAUAAGAUUCCGAUUUUAUGUUGAUGCAAUAUGGCAAUUAAAGUGAUAAUAAAGUAAUCUUGCUCAUACGACCGGGACAUUAUAAUAUAGGAUAUAAAAACACAUGAGAUGAG